AUGGGUCAAGUCAAUAAACUCGAAGUAUUACAGUGUAACUUAGAUAAGUCAAAGAACAGUCAACAUGAAUUUAUUCUCUCUUUUAUGGCCGGCCAAUUCCAGAUAGCUUUGGUGUCAGAACCCUAUGUUGGAUCUGGCAACAUUGUUAAAUCCAUCCCUGGUAUCAACAUAUUCCAGUUUUCCAAUGGUAACAGGGUUAAGGCGUGCAUAAUGACAAAAUCUAGUUGUGGUUCCGUACUGGGUCUAUCCCAAUUUUCGUCAGCGAAUCUUAGCGCGGUUCAAUUAAAUAUUGGGGGCUGUAAACUAUACAUAGCAUCUGUUUAUAUCGAACCUAAUAGUGACGAUCACAAUACAUUGCAACGGUUAGACAACUUUUUGAAAAUGACCAGUAACUGCCAUCAGCUUGUUGGAGGCGAUUUUAACGGUUGGCACCCUAUCUGGGGUAGCGACCGGGCAAACUCGCGGGGAAAUGAAGUUGUUGACAUCGUUUAUGGCAAUGACAUGUUUUUGUGUAAUAGAGGUCAUACUCCUACUUUCGAGACAGUAUCUUAUGGGCGACUGCGCAGCUCUUAUAUUGAUCUUACACUUGCUUCUAGCUCUAUAUAUGACCGGAUUACAAACUGGAAAGUGGAUCCUUCAAUCUGUUUGUCUUCUGAACACAGGGCGGUGAUGUUCUCUGUCACUACUCAUGGUGAAAGGAGAAAAACCAACAAAACAACCAGUACGUUCAGAUACAAUACGAAUAAUAUAAAAUGGGAAGAACUAAGGCCUUCCUUUGAAGCCAAAAUUAAGGAACAUGUACCACAAAAUGUUAUGGUUGAACAGAUGCAACCAAAUGAACUUGAAAAUUACAUAAUCUCAGUUACAUCGGCAAUUAAAAAAACAUGUGAUGAGCUACUCCCAAGGUCAACUGGUCGAAAAUACCGUUGCCCUUGGUGGACAGAUGAACUUGAAUGUCUCAAAAACAAGUUAUACGUAACCAUCAUAACAUACAAAAACUGCGCCGACAAAAUAAACCACUUGAAGAUGCCCUAUUGGAAAAAGAACGCUUAA